AUGGCGGCGCGCAAGGGGAGGCGGCGCACGUGUGGGACCGGGGAACCCAUGGAGGCCGAGUCCAGCGACGCAAGGACCGAAGGCCCUGCCCAGGUCUACUUGCCCGGGCGGGGACCGCCGCUCCGCGAAGGAGAGGAGCUGGUCAUGGACGAGGAGGCUUACGUGCUGUACCACCGAGCGCAGACUGGCGCCCCCUGUCUUAGCUUCGACAUAGUCCGGGAUCAUCUGGGAGACAGCCGGACAGAGCUUCCUCUUACACUUUACCUGUGCGCUGGGACCCAGGCGGAGAGCGCCCAGAGCAACAGACUGAUGAUGCUUCGGAUGCAUAAUCUGCAUGGGACAAAACCCCCGCCAUCGGAGGGCAGCGAUGAGGAGGAGGAGGAGGAAGAUGAAGAGGAGGAGGAGGAGCGGAAGCCUCAGCUGGAGCUGGCUAUGGUGCCCCACUAUGGCGGCAUCAACCGAGUCCGGGUAGAUACAGACCCAGGAGCCUGCUCUACAUUGAAGCUGGACGCUUUCAUCUAUGAUGCGGCUGUGCUCAACUACAUGGCCCGCAAGGAUGAAGGCUGCAAGCUGGUCACCAUCGGCUCGGGCAAGGUCUUUGCCACGACGGGCUACGGCAUCGCCCUGCACAAGGGCUCCCGCUGGAAGCGCCCGAUCGACCUGGCUCUGUUGCAGUUCCUGGGGGACGCAGCUCACAUCACCCUAGGACACGCCCAGCAUCCAGGGAGGGAACUACAGUCCCCAGCCUCCACCGAGAGGGACUACAUCUCCCAGCAUGCAACGAGGGUGCGGAAGCCACCACCCCCCUCCUCGGCCCCUGCAGCCCUAGAGGAUCCUUCUGCACCCAGAGGUGACCUGGCCUCCCCCCUGCCCAUAGCCCUCUGUGGCUCCCCAGCGCCUCCGUGA